AUGCUUAAAAUACCAUUAUUGUGUCGGGGAUCGUACACUUCUAUUACAACAAAUCGUUCAAUUAAAAAUGCUUUACUAAUACGUUUACGUAAAAACUCAUACUAUAGCAAUAUUUCUACUAAUAGUACGGGUCUAAAACAUCAGCAGACAACAGACAUUCCUAGAUCAUUAUUAAUUAAACAACACAGGAGAUUAAAUGAAGAAACCUUGGGUGCCGGAUCUGCUAAAAACAAAAAUGAAACAAAUACUCUAUUUAUCACGUCUCUAAAGGACAUUACUGGGUUUUUCAAUCCUGGUGGAUUUAAAGAUGAAGAAUAUGAACAACUUCAUCUGGAUAAGUUGAACACUUUGGCUAAUAAUGGAGCUUUACAGGAAUUGUUGUUACUAAAAUUUGGCAUCAAGCACUAUCCGAUCAAGCCCAUGGACAAUCAGGACCCGAUACCCAUUAAGUUGAUGCUUGAAUCAUGGAAAACAUUAACUUUUGAAGAAUUGGAAUUAUUGAACUUUCAUCUAGAUCAAAUUACUGCCAUCAUGGGCAUGACCAAUAACAAUGACGGUGUCAGUAACAAUACUGAAUCCAAAAUUGAUGGUGCAAAUCAUCCAGAAAUAACAGAACAACAACAGACCAUACAAACUAAUGAAAAUAAUACUGGUGAUUCAAACUAUAUCGACUUUAGUUCGCUGGAAUAUUUAUAUACUUGGAAAAAUUUACCUAUUCAAUAUAAACAACUGCUAUAUUAUAGAUCGUAUGGGUCUUACGGCCCAAGAGAAGAUUUAGUUUUUCCGAUCAACCCUCAUGAUCCACCACAAGAUCUAAUAUGGAAACAACCAAGUGUUGUCGUUAAUGGUAAUGGCAUCUGUACUGAUGGGAAGAUCAAAGUGCGUAAAUUGACAGCUAGUGAGUUGAAUAAUGUUUGGAAAUGUAGUGAAGCUAGAAUGAAGUAUUUAAAUACAGAGUUGAAGAGAAUCGAUCCCGUCAGUAGGUUUAUUAUUUGGAUUAUUUUUGGUGUAAGUUUAUAUUGCCUAUAUCAAGAUAAAACACUCGAACAGAAGGAAAAAAAGGAAAACGGAAAAAAAGCAUAA